UGGGUUUCAAUCCCCUCCCCGGCCCAUUCGCCAUCACUCCCCCGUCCCCUCCCCCGUGCUCGACGGCGCCGCCGGAGCUUUCUUCUGCCGCCGCGCCAUGUCCACCCCAGCUGCUCGAUCUCGCCCAUCGGAGGACGGACGCAUCUGGUCCUCCUCUUCUCCUCCCAGCGGCAGCGAGAUGGCGGCCGAGAGACUCACCGACGACCUCCUCGUGGAGAUCCUCUCGCGCGUGCCCGCCAAGUCGCUCUGCCGCUUCAAGUGCGUCUCCAAGCACUGGCUCGGCCUCACCAACGACCGCAACUACCGCCGGAAGCUCCCCCAGACCCUGACCGGCUUCUACCAGGGGAAUCAAUUGGUAGAUUCAGCUCUCCCCUUCACCAAUGUCUCGGGGAGCCGCCAUCUCACAUAUCCCGCCUUCCUGCCCAACCGCCGGCGGGUCAAGGUCAUAGACUGCUGCAACGGCCUCCUUCUCUGCUCCUCAUACGUUGCCGGCGACCAUGGCGACGAGUUCCGGUACCUUGUGUGCAAUCCCGCCACAGAGGAAUGGGCUGAGUUGCCGCAUUCCGGCUAUUCCGGCCUCGUGGCUGCUAGACGCUUGUGUUUUGAUCCAGCCGUGUCCCCUCAUUUCCAUGUGUUUUUGUUGCCGGUGGCGGAUAUGGACGACCAACAUGGCUACUGUCUUACCGGAGUGCAUGUCUAUUCAUCUGAAACCGGGAGUUGGGUUCAUAAGGAGAAGAGAUGGUGCGGCACUAUUGAUGUCGCUAAUGACCGGUCAACUGUUUAUCUUAAUGGUUAUCUGCAUUUCUGCGCCAUUGUUGAUGGUUCUGCCGGUCGUCUAGCUGCGGUGGACAAGGAGGGGGAAGCAAGGACUAACUUUCGUGUUCCUGACGGUCUGGAUGUUGGUUUUAUUCAGCUGUCACAGGGCUGCCUGCAUUAUGCUGGUUUUGACACAGAUGAUGAUAAUGUCGUUCGACUGCUAGUUUAUGUUCUUAAAGACUAUGACCGCAAAGAAUGGAUACUGAAGCAUAGCGUCGAAACUUCGCAUUUGCUUGGAGGGCGACACAUAGAAUACCUUGAUGAGGACUUCGAUUGGAUUGCAAUUCAUCCAGAAUGUGACAUGAUCUUGUUUGCUGUGGCCCAGGAGGAUAUCACAUUCAUGUGCUAUGAUAUGGAUAGUGGACAAGUUAAUGUGAUCUGCAAUCUUGAAGAUAGCCAGCAGGCAUAUUUUCCGUAUGUGCCACUAUAUGAAGAGUUGCAAUCGUUGCACAAGUGACGUCUUAUUCGUGCUAUGAUAUGGAUAAUGGACAAGUUAAAGUGAUCUGCUAUCUUGAAGAAGGCAAGCCGCCAUAUUUUCCAUAUGUGCCGCUAUAUGAAGAGCUAGAAUCGUUGCACAAGUGAUGUCUUAUUCAUGCUUGAAUUUGGUCCUGCUUUCUCUGAUGUAUGCAUGUUUUUAAGUUUGGAGCAAUGCUGGUUUUGUUCUGGGGGCAUUGCGGCUGAUUUCGCUCUUGGACUAGUUAUUCAAAGUUUCAAUGCACCUUCUGUUGUGUGUACUUGUUUUGUCUUGGUAUACCAAUGGUUCUGGACAACGGGAGAUUGUGAUA